AUAGCAAAAUGUCAAAACAGUAAGUUUGACGAAUGGUAGCGUAGUGGAAAGCAUCGUAUUGUGCAUUUCUUUCAUUUUGUGUGCAAAUUGAAAGCAGCAUUCUUUAAUUUGGCAAUUUAGCAUUACAUUAGCACCUUAGGAUUAGUGAUUGCUGGAAUGCCCCCGGUAAAAAAUGAAGGUGAAAGCGAUGCGGACGGAGACAUGUCUGGAGGAGAGUCCGAUCACUCCGCUUCCAGCCGAGCCCCGGAUCAUGACUCCAGCGCGGAAGAAGCGGACGAACCGGAUUCCGAUGAUUCUUCCGAGAUGAGCGAAGGCGAAUGCGAACGAAGACGAGCGGAUUGUUUGGAUAAUCUUACAAAUCUGGAAAAGCAAUUUGUGAUUCUGAAGGAACAGCUGUACAAAGAAAAAAUGAGUCAAGUUGACCAGCAACUGCAGGAGGUUCGUGGUGGUCGUUCCCAAGAGUACCUGGCGCCUCUGCAGAGGCUCGCGGACAAUAUGAACUCCCGGAAAGAAGUGGCCGAAAUCCUUAAAAAUUUCCGAAUGGAAAACAUCCGGCAUAAAUUUGAGUCGGAGCUACAGGCAGCUCGACAGCAUUUUGACAGCGAAAAACAUCUUGCCAUGGAUUCUAUUUACGAGGAGUUAAUGGAAAAGAUUCGGAGGUUAGAGGAAGAUCGGCAUAAUGUGGACAUUUCCUGGGCGGAUUGGGGAACAAGCACUAGAACUUCGAAGGUUCGUGGUCCCGGACGGAAAAAGGCGGUUACUGUUUCUGGACCGUACAUUGUGUACAUGCUGCGGGAAGAGGAUAUACUCGAAGAUUGGACAUCGAUAAGAAAGGCACUGAAAAGAUCGACUGCGGCCGCCACUUGAUAUUUGGUGUAAAGUCAAGCUGUAGUUAGUUUAUGCGAGUAAGUCUUUUUAUCACAUUAGAAAAAAAUCGGUUUAAAUCACUGUUCAAUCGUAUUAUUGUAUAAGGUAUUUUUAAUUAUAUAUCAUAAGUACUUCCCUCAGUUCGCAACGAUAAAGUUAAUGUCCUUUGGAUGAUAUUUUGUUAUAUGUACUGUACUUUGACAAACUUGUAUUGCUUUUAUAUUGUGGCAAUAAAUUAAGUAGAUGUAAUUUA